AUGAAACCAACAAUGGGGGAAGAGGAUGACUCAAUAGGUCCUGAUAAUGAUGAGCUAGUUUUCUUCGAGAGAGCUAGAACACGGGCGGCUGAAAAGUCUGAGAAGGCUAUUAGAAGGGAAAUAAAUUUAAUUCUUGAUCAUACAGCUUUUGUUCGAGGAAUUGGAAACAUCAAACGCUGGUUCAGUAAAGAAUAUUUAGCCCAUAACGUCGAUUUUCAGGAAAAUGAAUUAGUACACUUGAACUUAUAUGUUCCAACCUAUACAUUGCACGAGUUUGAACACGUCAAGAAAGGAUUCUUGAUGUCUGCAGUAAAUGCAAGAGAGUCGAUAAGAUUUAUCAACAAAUUCCUUGAGGAGAAGGACACUUAUUCAAAUGAUGCUGACGAAAAGGGGCCAAUAGUUACUGAAAUCCAACUCGAAUCUCCCAACCAAAGGAUACCAAGCUGGAAUGAAUGUUUGAGCUACCAAAUCCAUUCUCCAAAGGUCACAGAAUUUCCUCACAACAAAACUAAUUUCGAACUUCCCUUCUCAUCUGCUAGACCUAGAGAGUGUGACGACAAAACUGACUCAUUAGAGCAUCUAAAUGUUAAGAAUUCAUUUAAUACCGAUGUGACUAACGCUGCACUCAAAAGUGAUGUUUCCAUCGAGGGAAGCAAUGCUGAUGCUGAGAUACCCAGACGGUUAAAGUAUUUGGUAAGAUCAUGCAUAUUUAAAAAGUUUUUUGAAGCAAAAGAUACUGGAAAGAUUUGGCACCUUGUUACAGAAGACGCGAUCACAAGGAUAUGGAUGAGAAGUUUUAAUAUAGGUUGCUUAAAUUUGAACGAAGCAGAUUUGUUAAUCUAUAAGGACUAUGAUGUUAAUCAGUUUAGACGCUACGACCCUAAUGUAUGUGCCUCCUUAAAUGAAGAUGCUAAUCUUAUUUCGAGCGCGAUUCUCCAGCACAAGGUCGAUACAACAAAAUACGCAUACACCACACCAAAAAGUUCAAAGCGAAACACGAAACACAACGAUGCUGUUAAAGAGACUCCGAAAUCUACUGGUGUGAAAGGAAUUACUUCAAGCUCAAAAGGUAUCGUUGGUAAAAAUGUUAAAAAGGAAAAGUUUGAGGCUAUUAAUUAUGCACCACGAACCAAGGGCGUUUUAUGGAUGCCAUAA